AUGAUCCUUACGGAGGACCAUUUGAAGCAUUCUCGCGAUAUCCGUAACAACCUGUCUAAGGAAAGCAAAGACGAAGACCGGGCUGAGCACAUCGAUUUUCUACUCUGGUUGCUGAACGAUUGCGGAGUUCAAGAUAUUUUUGGAAUCGUUGAUGUUCACAGUCAUUUUGACGUGCCUCAUGGUUUCCAUAUGGUUACGGAAAUAGAGGAUCGAAAUGCAAGUCUUUCCCGCCUGAGGACCCAACUUGCCAAGGACAAAGACCUAAAACCCCACGAACUCUGUGGCCAUAAAUUCAUUUACACCCCAGGACAAGGAUGGCACCCCUACGAAUUUCGGUUGGGUCCGCUGCUUGACACAGGUGAAGCAUACUCAAAAUUCUUUUCACGGUUUAGCAACUACUUGGAUAAGCACAACAUCACCUCGCUUGGACUCGAGUACACUAUACGCCAGUUCUCUGGGAUUAAGAUAGAUUUUACCAUCUUUGAGGUUGUCGAAGCAACUCUUGUCGGUGCCAACAUGCUGGAGAUGGUCAUCAAAAUCCAAAGAUACAAUGGGCCCGGAAGUUUAUUGUACAAUAGAUCCUGA